AUGGGCUCCCAACCAGACGCCACAACCGCCGGCGGAAUAGAGCUCCAAACCUCCCCGGCCGAAAACACCCGGCCGAAACCCCUCUUCUUCACCGAGCGCCCCUCCAUUUCCCCAACCGCGCCGACAUUCCUCCUCCUCCAUGGCCUCUACAGCAGCCACCUCGAGUUUGCGCACCUCCCCAUCCCCUCAACCUCCUACCACAUCCUAACCCCAGACAUUCCCGGCCACAGCCAAUCCUCACACCUCCCCGUCUCCCUCCAAAACACCACAAGCCUCCUAGCCGACCUCAUAAAAUCCCACGCUCACUCCUCCCGCGCACACAUCGCUGGCGUUUCCUACGGUGCCUACCUAGCCCUGCACCUUGCGGCGACACACCCCGAUCUGGUCGACAGCGUGUUCGUGACCGGGUGCACCCUCCCCACCAGCGUAUUCCUGGGGGGCCUGUCGUGGAUGGCAAACGUCCCGCUAUUGUACUUCCCCAAUGUGGUCAAUUACGCACUGAGCUGGUACGGCGGUACCAUCAGCGAGGAACUGCUCAGAGACAUGCACACCAAUGCCACGAUGGCGCUGGGCAACGCCGCUUACGCGAGCUUGAAGGACUGGGAGCUCAAACCGUUGCCCAUGCGGCUUAGGGGUAUGGAAAGAAGAGUUAGGGAGGGGAAUGCGGAGAGUAGAGCUGUUGUUGCGAAGGGCAAGAUUCUGGCUUGGGAUAUCCAGGCCCCUGAGGACUUUGCUGAAGCUCUGAUGGCGUGGGCGGAAGGGAGGGGGAUGCCAGGGUUUAUAAUUUCGUUGGAAAAGUGGUUUUCCUGGGGGUGGUAGUUUUUCCUCUUCCUUUCUUGUGUUUUCAUUACCAUACCACUAGGGUACUAUUGGCGGUCGGGGUUUUUUUUUGAUUUUU